CAUGCUCGCCCUCUCUCGUGACGACAAGCUCCAAUACAUGUGCGACAUUCUCCUGCGGUACUCUCCCGAGGGCGAAAGAAAUCGAGUUCAAAGACAUCAAGAGUACCGACAAAAAAUCAUAGCAAACUAUCAGCCCCUGUGCAAGGAGCUAUAUACUAUGAAUGCUGCAUACUUCUUUGUCCCCUCAUUUCUCUAUGCAAUCAAUGAGAAUAAAGAGGAAAGUUUUAGAAGUGUAAUGACCGAACCAGUUUCUGGAGUAUUUACUUUUGAAAUGCUUCAGCCACAAUUCUGCGACUUAUUGUUGUCUGAGGUAGAAAACUUUGAAAGAUGGGUACAUCAGACAAAAUUCAGAAUCAUGCGGCCAAACACAAUGAACAAAUUUGGUGCUGUUUUAGAUGACUUUGGCCUCGAGGCCAUGCUUAACAGGUUGAUGGAAGACUUCAUCCGCCCUAUAUCCAAAAUCUUCUUUCCUGAAGUGGGUGGGGCAACACUAGAUUCUCAUCAUGGUUUUGUUGUGGAAUAUGGAAUAGAUAGAGAUGUUGAGCUUGGUAGGGUGCUUACUUUUACUCUUUUCUUUUUCCUCUUCCUUUCAUGUUCAAUUAAUGGCGUUAAUUCUGUGAAGGGCAGGGCUAUUUCAAGACCCAAAUUUGCUGCAUCUAUGCAAGAUACUAGCAUUUUCAGCCUGAGCCUAGCUUGCAUAUUUGGAUCAUUGUGUGUAUCCAGCAUAUUGUGGCAUGGAAAUACCCAUGGCCUCUGAAUAAUUAUGUUUUUUAAGUUCAUGAUCUGUUCUGUUCCUUUAUCAUCCACUGCAAAUAGAAUGUUAAAGCGUUACUCAAGGUAGAUGAAAACCAUGAGGAAGUUAUGGAUUCUACUGUCUGUAGCUGGGUCGCAUUAAUAAUUUUGUUUACUCUGCUUAUUGUUUAUUAGCACGGACUUAAUAUUUCUUGCUAAUGGAAACAUUAUUUAUUAUUAAAUGAAUACAUUUUUUGAUAUCUUUUUUCUUGCAAUAGAUCCUGGAUGACAUUACAUUUGCUCUUUUUGCUAUUCUCUCUCCCUCAUUUUCACUUUCUUUAUUUCUCAAAAAUGUGGGAAUUGGUCCAGAGAGUAAGAGGGGAACUUUGGACCAGGGAUUUAACCCUGGUUUUCCUGGUGGAACGUGUUUCCAACAUGUUUAUAAAGUUUUCACUUGAUUAAAUUUUAUGCCUUCCUUUUUGUAGGUUUCCAUGUGGAUGAUUCUGAAAUCACCUUGAAUAUUUGCUUGGGUAACCAAUUUUCUGGUGGGGAUUUGUUCUUGGGGGGUGUUCGGUGUGAUAAGCAUGUGAACACAGAAACCCAGCCAGAGGAAAUUUUAGACUAUUCCCAUGUUCCAGGACGAGCUGUUCUUCAUCGUGGUUGCCAUAGGCAUGGUGCUAGAGCCACAGUCUCCGGUCGCCGGGUCAACUUACUGUUAUGGUGCAGAAGUUCGGUAUUCCGUGAGCUGAGGAAAUACCAGAAAGAUUUUUCAAGCUGGUGUGGAGAAUGCCAGCGUGAGAAGAGAGAAAGGCAGCAGAAUUCAAUUGCUGCUACCAAAGAGGUGGGGUGGGCCUGUUUUGAUCAUGUAGAAGCAAUGGUUUUUGUAUCAUCUUUUAUUAAUUUGGUUCUGCCGCUUUCUUCAGGAGUUGCUAAAGAGGGAAGGAAAACCUGCUCAGUGACCUGAACUUGGCCUACAGGUUUUUUCAUUCAAAGUUGUAUAGUAGCAAGAAGAAUUAUGUUUUGUAUUCUCUUCCUUUUUUAAGUUAGUCAUCUAGAUUUUGCUAGAUUGUGAUUGUGUCAUCGGAUAGAGGAAUGGUGUUUCCUGAUCAUUGUUCUAUUGAAAUGGGGGGAGCUGUACUGUACAUUCACACCCUGUCAAAAUCCAUUGAAUUCCUGUGUAUUGUCCAAUAUUCAUGGUAAAGUGAAUACCCUCAGGCAAUGGAUGAAUGGAUUAGUCUCUGAGUCUUUCCUUUUCUUUGAGGCGUUUAUGUUUGCUGUGACAGAUAAUAUUGACUCAAGGAAAUGCAGAGGCUAGCUGGAUUGAAUCAAGACGUUGUCUGCUUACUUUGAUUGACUGUUUUGGUUGUGUUCUCUCAUUUUCAUUUCUUAAUUAUGGUUUUAUAGACUGAAAGGGAUACCAUACAAGUGGCUUGCUUCCCCUCGUGACUUCUCUGACAAGUCCAGAUCCUUCCACUACUGUUACUUCAUGGGUUGCCAGUGGAAACAAAACAAGGAGUUGAUU